AAAGAACAGCGAUAGGGUGGUCGUGCCGGUGUCGAACCAAUAAUCCGCAACUUUGGCGUCACCUACUUACAAUUUGAUCUACAGAGUGAUAACCAAGACAACAUCGAGACUGGCACACCUUCGGUUUUCUCAUUGGGGAACCUGAAUGGCCUCAUUAGGCACAAGGUGGCACUGUGGACGACGAGCCCGAGUAUGUGGCCGCCUGUCGAUGUUCGCAGUCUGACCGCGGAGUCGUUGGGACGUGCGUCUCUCAUCCUCGCCGUCGACUUGCUUCUUUUUGUCACAUCGAUUCUCAACAUCACUGUCAUCGCGUUCACCCCGGACUUGUCUGACGUUAUCGGAUGUUAUUUGAUAUCCCUAUCAGUGGCGGAUUUGCUAACCGCAAUCUUCGUCAUCCCCCUGAGCAUCUAUUCAACUUUGGAAGGCAACUGGCGAAUCGGUGGCGACAAUUCGAUCAUUUGCAAAAGUGCGGCCUAUCUCCAAAUUGCACUUUUCUGCUCCACCGUUUACACUUUCGCAUGGAUAUGUAUCGAUAGGUACUCUGCAAUGAUGAAGCCAUCACGAUAUAGCGAGCAGUCACUAACUAGGUGCAAGUGUUGGAUAGUGUUUAGUUGGUUAACUUCAAUGCUUCUAUGCUGCCCAAUAAUUGUUGCAAGAAUGCAGGUUGUGUUCUAUCCCGACGCGCAGUUAUGUGUCCUGGACUGGUCCGCAACAUCUGCAUACAGUGUGACCUUACUCCUACUUGUCUUUGUACCAACUUUAGUAACCGUCUUUAACACAGGCUGGAAAAUCUGGUCAGCUAUGAGAAAUCCUGCAGCGCUUGAUGAUAGUCAAAGAAUGCUCGUGGAAACAGACCCAAACUUUGUAUUAACUGGUUUUCUGUUUGUCACAUUUUUCUUGUCAUGGCUUCCAUUGAUUACAUUGAAGGUGUGCGAAUUAAUAUGGGGCCCAUUUGAUAUGGAUUUAUCAAUGCUCACAUUCUUCUUCGUGUGGUUAGCGGUGUCUGGUCCGUGUUGCAAGUUUUUGAUCUACAUGUUCACAAAUCAUCAGUUCCGAAGGUCCUUCCUUUCCUACAUUUCAUGCUCAAUGUGCUGUUCGAGCCGGAGUCGCUAUGAAUAUCAUGACAUAGGCAACAAUUCUUUCCUUUGAUUUUUUUUUGAUAUUUCGAUCGGAGUGGUGUUAAAAGUUGAAGUUGGUCGAAAAAUGUUUUUCUUUGAGCCUAGCAGUUGCAGUGGCAGAACUGCUUUUAUAAAGUAAGAACAUUUUCAACCAAAAUCGAUUUUAAUUACACCACUUUGUUAUUUCUUCAAAUUAACAAUUUUCAAAGUUCAAUCAUUUUCUUCCAAAACGCUCAUUUUCAAUCUCCAAUUUUCUGGUAUACAACUUCAGAUUCUACAGAUCAACUAUGAUUUUCAAUUUAUUUUUUUUUAAAUUUUUCUUAUUUGAAUAUAAACAUUCAAGAUUUCUUCUCUUUAAAUCUGCCCAAAGUCCCAAGCACUCAUCAUUUUCUCGGGUUACCAAUGAAAGUUCUUAUAGGUUUUAUUGUGUUCAGAUAUAUAUUUUUUCCAAUCAUUGAGAAAAAGAUUCUAUAUGACUUUAUUCGGCUUUUUAUUUGUUUUUCUUAUUUUUUUAUAAAAAUUAUAUUUU